UCAUCCAUCAGAAUAUACAGAGCGCUAGUCAGGUUCAGUUAGCUUCACGUUCCGUCUCAGGCCUCAUCCAUCAGAAUAUACAGAGCGCUAGUCAGGUUCAGUUAGCUUCACGUUCCAUCUCAGACCUCAUCCGUCAGAAUAUACAGAGCGUUGGUCAGGUUCAGUUAGCUUCACGUUCCGUCUCAGGCCUCAUCCAUCAGAAUAUACAGAGCGCUAGUCAGGUUCAGUUAGCUUCACGUUCCGUCUCAGACCUCAUCCGUCAGAAUAUACAGAGCGCUGGUCAGGUUCAGCUAGAUAAACUCUAUAAUUAGGAGGGGACAUAUUGAUAAUAGAUUGACGUUGUGGCUGAGGCAUAACCCAUUGUUGUUGUUGUUGUAGACCCAGACAAACAUACGUUAUUUUUGCCACAAUUUACCCCCUAUGCACAUUUUGCCAUUUUUACAGCCUGGUACCUGAUUUAGGUAGUUGACAAGUUGAAUUGGGUGUGUUUGUCUGGGGACACAAUAAAACUGUACUGUUAUAAUAAUAACUGAGGGAUGUCUCCUUUCAUAUCUGGAAAAGGACAAAGUAGAAGUAGAGAGAUGUGAAUUAAUAAUAAUUGAUUGGAUUUAUAUAGCACUUCUCUACCACCUGAGGUGAGGUACUCAAAGUGCUUUACAUAGUAGUGGGAAACUCACCUCAUCCACCAUCAAUGGGGCGGCUGGGUAGCCUAGUGGUUAGAGCGUUGGACUAGUAACCGGAAGUUUGCAAGUUCAAACCCCCGAGCUGACAAGGUACAAAUCUGUCGUUCUGCCCCUGAACAGGCAGUUAACCCACUGUUCCCAGGCCAUCAUUGAAAAUAAGAAUUUGUUCUUAACUGACUUGCCUGGUUAAAUAAAGGUAAAAUAAAAUAAAAUGUAUAUAGCACUUCUCUACCACCUGAGGUGAGGUACUCAAAGUGCUUUACAUAGUAGUGGGAAACUCACCUCAUCCACCAUCAAUGAGCUGCAUCCAGCUUCUUCACCAAGCUUCAGGGGAGUUGUCUUAACCCAGUACCAGGCUGUAAAAAUGACAAAAUGUGCAUAGGGGGUAAAUUGUGGCAAAAAUAACGUGACCAAACAUGGGUUUCAUUUAUUUUAUUUUUUUUCUGUUUUUCUUAUACUGUGUCUCUCAGAUAUAGGACAGACACUUCAAAACCUUGUUCCUUAGGAUUUAUUUUCUGACUGUCUGUUUUGCCAUUGAUAAACGUCUUAUUCAAUGCUUUUCUAUGGGCUUUAACCGGUAAAGGCCAAAUUAGACCUACAGGGGUUAAAACGGCUUUGUUCUAUUGGAAUCUGUGCCACCAUUAGAUAAAAGAUAUGACAAUUUAUUAUGAUUUUUUUAAAUGUUCUAUUUAUUUUAUUUGCAAAUCUCUUAUUCCUUAUGCAAACCCCCCCCCCCAAAAAAAAAACGGACAUAUUUUGUAUGUCUUUUCUUUGACUGCUGUUGCUCUGUCUUAGUUACGUUGUUGUACCAGAAUCCCACGGGUUCUUAUGUGUUUGUAAGGACUUCUAGUUUUGAAAUAAAAAUGUAUCUAAUGAAGGUAGUUUACAAUAUAUGUGUUGCUUAGAAAAUGCCACCAGAGGGCGCCAGAGCUUUAACUGUUUUGUCCUUCUAUUUUCUACUGGGGUUGAGCACCAAUGGCAUCUAAAUAUUUUACUAAAUAUUAUGUGGAAAAUGGUAGUAAUGUAAGUAAUAGCAAAUCAUGAUGUACAUGUAUUGCUCACAAUAGUGCAGAUGUCGGGGCUUGUAGAUUAUGACGCUACAUGCUUUGUUGUUUUACAGUCUCCACUGAUCUACAAUGGCUCCAUCUGCUGUUUAACAGUCUCCACUGACCUACAAUGACCCCAUCUGUUUAACAGUCUCCACUGACCUACAAUGGUCCCAUCUGCUGUUUAACAGUCUCCACUGACCUACAAUGGCCAUAUCUGUGAAAGAGCGUCUCCUGGCCGUUCUGGAUGAUCUCGGCUCUGAGGAGCUGAAGAGAUUUAAGUGGCAUCUAACUACAGAAAACCAGCAGGAUGGCUUCCCUCACAUUCCAAAGGGCCAGCUGGAGACAUCUGACGGACUGGACAUAGUGGAUCAGAUGGUGCAGAAAUACAGGGGGAAUGUGGCUGUGCAGAUCACACUGGACAUCCUGAAGAAGAUUAGCCGCAACGAUCUCGCUGAGAAGCUAAACAGAGACUGUCCAAUAGGUCCUUCAGAUGAAGAUGGUGAGAAGUUCCAACAUGAAUAUAAACUGGAAGUAAAAAAGAAGUUCCAGCAUGUAUUCAACGGGGUACCAAAGCAGGGCCAUAAGCAACUGCUCAAUGAGAUCUACACAGAGCUCUACAUCACAGAGGGGGGAAGUGGAGAGGUCAAUCAGGAACAUGAGGUGAGACAGAUCGAGAUCACGUCCAAGAAUCCAGCAAGACCAGAGGCUAAAAUCCUCUGCAAUGACAUCUUCAAACAAUCAUCUGGACAAGACAAACCUAUCAGAACUGUGCUGACAAAGGGAGUCGCUGGCAUUGGAAAAACAGUCUCUGUGCAGAAGUUCAUUCUGGAUUGGGCUGAAGGGAAAGCCAAUCAGGAUAUCCAAUUCGUAAUUUCACUCCCUUUUCGGGAGCUGAAUUUGGUGAGGGGGGAAAAGUACAGUUUUGUAGAACUUCUACAUAAAUGUGUCUUAGAGACUAGAGUGAUUGAGAGGGACUUUUUGAAUCACAUUUUAACAAAAUUGCAAAAACCAGGAAACCACAAUGACAGCAAGUACAAAGUUGUAUUUGUCCUUGAUGGUCUGGAUGAGUGCCGACUGACCCUCGACUACGAGACCGGUAAGAGCUGGUGUGAUGUCACAGAGCCAACCUCAGUGGACGUGCUGCUGACAAACCUCAUCAAGGGAAAUCUGCUUCCCUCUGCUCUCCUCUGGAUAACCUCCAGACCUGCAGCAACCAAUCACAUCCCUCCUGAGUGUGUUGACCAGGUGACAGAGGUACGAGGGUUCAAUGACCCACAGAAGGAGGAGUAUUUCAGGAAGACAUUCAGUGAUGAGGACCUGGCCAACAGAAUCAUCUCACACGUAAAGACAUCAAGGAGCCUCCACAUCAUGUGCCACAUUCCAGUCUUCUGUUGGAUCUUAGCUUCAGUUCUGGAGCAUGUGUUGAGUUCAGAUAAGAAUGAAGAGAUGCCCAAGACUCUGACUCAAUUAUUUAUUGGGUUACUGAUAUUUCAGACCAAACAGAUGAAUGAUAAAUAUCACAAGAAAGGUGAGCGAGAUCCACGCAGGGAUAAAGAGAGCUUCCUGGCACUGGGGAAACUUGCUUUUAACCAGCUGGAAAAUGGCAACCUAAUUUUCUAUGAAGCAGACCUGAAAAGGUAUGGCAUUGAUGUCACUGAAGCCUCAGUGAACUCAGGAGUGUGUACACAGAUCUUUAGACAGGACUAUGGGCCGUACCAGAACAAGGUGUACUGCUUUGUGCAUCUGAGCGUUCAGGAGUUUCUGGCUGCGUUAUAUGUUUUCCUCUCCUUCAACAACAGCCAUGUCAACCCGAUGACCGAAGAUCGAUCCUUCAUCAGAACAUGUCUAGUGAAGUUGAAUCCUGCCAUCACCUUCCACACGAUUGCAGUGGAUAAAGCCUUACAGAGUGAGAAUGGACACCUGGACCUGUUCCUCCGCUUCCUUCUGGGCCUCUCACUGGAGUCCAAUCAGACUCACUUACACGGCCUACUGACACAGACAAGAAGCACCAGAAGCAGCUCACGGGGCCACGAGAAAACAGUCAAGUACAUCAAGAAGAAGAUCAGGAACACUCCAUCUUCAGAGAGGUGCAUCAAUCUGUUCCACUGCCUGAAUGAACUGAAUGACCAUUCUCUAGUGGAGGAGAUCCAAAGAUACCUGCAUUCAGGAAAUCUGUCCAAAACCAAACUGUCACCUGCACAGUGGUCAGCUCUGGUCUUUGUGUUGCUGACUUCAGAAGAGGAGCUGGAUGUGUUUGACCUGAAGAAAUACUCCAGAUCAGAGGAAGGUCUUCUGAGGCUGCUGCCAGUGGUCAAAGCCUCCAGAACUGUUCUGCUUAAUGGGUGUAACCUCACUGAGAAAUGCUGUGAAGCCUUGGCCUCAGCGUUCAGCUCAACCUCCUCAAACCUGAGAGAGCUGGACCUGAGUGACAACAACCUGCAGGAUUCUGGAGUGAAGCUGCUCUCUGCUGGACUGGAGAAUCCCCACUGUAAACUGGAGACCCUGAGGUUGUCACGCUGUCUGAUCACAAAGAAAGGCUGUGCUUCUCUGGCCUCAGCUCUGAGGUCCAACCCCUCCUACCUGAGAGAGCUGGACCUGAGCUACAAUAUCCCAGGAGAGUCAGGAGUGAAGCAGCUCUCUGCUGGACUAGAGGAUCCACACUGGAGACUGGAGAAACUCAAUGUUGACCACCGUGGAGAGUACUGGCUGCUGAAAAAAUAUGCCUGUGAUGUCACACUGGACCCGAACACAGCAUGCAGACACCUCUCUCUGUCAGAGGGGAACAGGAAGGUGACAUGGGGGAAAGAGAAGCAGCCGUAUCCUGAUCACCCAGAGAGAUUUGAGGACUGGCCACAGGUGCUGUGUAGAGAGGGUCUGACUGGGCGCUGUUACUGGGAGGCAGAGAUGAGUGGGGGAGGCGAUGACAUAGGAAUGACGUACAGAGGAAUCAACAGGACAGGAAACGCCGAUGACAGUAAGCUUGGAUGCAAUGACAAGUCCUGGAGUCUGAGCUGCUCUGAUUACGGUUACACUGCCAGGCACAAUAAGGAGAGAACUGACUUACCUGCCUCCUCCUCGUCCAACAGAGUAGGAGUGUAUCUGGACUGGCCGGCCGGCACUCUGUCCUUCUACACUCUGUCCUCCUCUGACACACUCACCCACCUACACACAUUCCACUCCACAUUCACUGAGCCUCUCUAUCCAGGGUUUUGGGUAGAAAUAAACUCCUCGUUGUCCCUAUGUGAGGUCAAAAACCUUUAGGUAGUAAUGGACGGAUCUUGUUGUUAUUGAUUGGUGUUUGUAAAUAAUGUUUAUUUAGUCAAAUGGUUGACAUUGCAAUCCUGAUUCUGUUUGAAGUCAAUAACACUGAAUGGACAUUUCCUGGUACACAUUCGGCCAGAUAAAGACAAAUAAAACUGGUUGUUUUAAAAACG